AUUUAUCUCUUUUAUCCGUGCUCAGUCGGUAAGACAGUUUUGAGGUUUAUCGAUUAUGCUAAAACAGCCAUUCUCUCCAUUUAUGCAGCCAUUUUUAUUUUCGGUUUGUAGAUGAGUGCUGUGAAUAUUUUGUCUUAAUAAUAAGGAUGGAGCCAAGAGGUAAAGGAAGAGCGCGAGGCCGUGCUCGUACUGGUGGGCAACCAGCAGGUGGUCAGGCCCAACAACCAAGACCUGGACCACCUCAAGGAGCUUGGAGUGCCAGGCCUAGUGGAGUUCCACUUCAACAAGGGGUUCAUCCUGGAGCAUGGGCUGGUAGAUCUCAGCCUGCUCAGCAAUCUCAACAGCCACAACAAUGGGCAGCCAGACCAGCUGCACCUGAAGCUCUUCAAACACAAACUGUGGGUCGAGGAUCAAGACAAGGUGGAGGAGAUGACCGAUCACUUACAGGCGAAACAAGACAAAUUUCCCAAGGAGGCGAUUCUGGCUUGGGACAAGAGCGUCGUGGUGGGGGAAACGGAGUUAGAGGCCGAACUAACAGAAAUGAAAUUAUCAGCACUAGACCGGCCCACAUAAAAUCUAAAAAGGGCACAGAUGGCACUCCCAUUAGGCUCAGGGCAAACUAUUUUCCAUUGGUCCCAAAAGGUCUUUGGGGGUUAAAUCAAUAUCGUGUUGAUUUUGCCCCAGAUCUGGAUAAUACAUCGACACGAAAAUAUCUAGUAAGAACUGGUUUACAAAACAAAAAUGUGUCUGGUUAUUUAUUUGACGGUACUGUUCUGUACACUCCUAACCGCAUUCAUCCGGAUCCACUUUCGUUCGUUGUGGACACAGAUGAUGGAACUCAUAUUAACGUGACAUUGCGUUUAGUUGGGGAAGUAAAAUGGGGCGAUUAUCACUAUCUACAAUUGUUUAAUAUAAUAAUGAGGAAGUGCUUAACCUUCAUGGACCUUAAAUUGAUGGGAAGAAACUACUUUGAUCCAAAGUUAAAGAUUUCCAUACCGGAACAUAAUCUAGAGCUUUGGCCAGGAUAUUUCACAUCAAUAAGACAGUAUGAAAGAAGUAUCAUGAUAAAUGCCGAUUUAUCGUUCAAAGUUUUACGCACAGACAAUGUCUAUGACUUGUUACUUGAAUGUGGUCAAAGUAGGAAUCCCCAUAACGAGUUUCGCCAGAGAGUUAUUGGCAAUAUUGUUCUGACAUACUAUAAUAAUAAAACAUAUCGAAUUGAUGAUGUAGACUUUAAACAGACACCAGCAUCAACAUUUCAGAAGAGGGAUGGAUCGUCAAUCAGUUAUGCUCAAUACUUCCAAGAGCGAUAUAGGGUUCCAAUUGAUGUUAUGGAACAGCCUAUGCUUGUUUCGAGGAGCAAACAGCGUGAAAUAAAGGCUGGCAUGCCUGAAACUGUUGUCCUUAUUCCAUCUCUCUGUAUAAUGACUGGCUUGACCGAUAAGCAGCGCGAAAAUUUCCACUUAAUGAAAGCAUUAGGUGAACAUACUCGAGUGGGUCCUCAAGGUCGUAUUCAGAAAAUUAGGGAAUUCAGUCAGAGGUUGCAGAAUUGUCGAGAAGCAAUGGAAGAAAUAAGACGUUGGGACCUCGAAAUGGCUCGCGAUCUAGUUGAAGUAUCUGGGCGAGUGUUACCGGAAGAGACUUUGAUUUUAAGAAAUGGCACUCAAAUAACUGGAGGUCCAGAAGCUGAUUUCACAAAAAGUUUAAGGACUGCGCCAAUGUUCAAUGUUGCUCCUAUAGAUAAGUUGGCUGUGCUUUGUCCUGGAAGAUUCAGACAAGGAACCAAUGAGUUUGUAAGCUGCCUGAUAAAAGUGGGAAAAGGGAUGCACUUUAAUCUUGGAAGUCCAAAGAUAAUUGACAUGCAAGACGAUCGUGCGCAAUCCUACUUAGAUAAUCUUGAUUAUGUCAUUACAAAUCUGGCACCAAAAAUGGUAUUGGUCAUAUUACCAAAUAACUCAGCUGACCGAUACAAUGCAGUAAAAAAGAAAUGUUAUGUUGACCGUGCCAUGCCCUGCCAAGUUAUUGUUGGGAAAACAUUAAGCAAUAAGGGCUUGAUGUCGGUUGCUACAAAGGUUGCAAUUCAAAUGAAUUGUAAGAUGGGAGGAGCUCCUUGGGGAACAGCUCUGCCCAAAGCAACAAUGAUUGUUGGGUAUGAUGUAUGUCGAGACACCGCUAAUAGAGGAAAAAGUUUUGCUGGGAUGGUUGCCUCAAUGGACAAUGCUUGUAGCCAGUAUUUCAGUCUGACAACUGAGCAUGAACAAGAACAAGAACUAAGCAGCAACAUUUCAACAUUUCUGUUGCUUGCAUGUAAAACUUACCAGGAACGAAAUAAAAUAAUUCCAGAGCGCAUAGUUAUAUAUCGGGAUGGUGUUGGUGAUGGUCAAAUACAAUAUGUCAAAGAACAUGAGGUGGACAUUAUAAAGAAGAAGCUGGAAGUUGAGGUUUAUAAGUCCCAACCUAUCAAAAUGGCAUUUAUUAUUGUGUCAAAGCGAAUAAACACCAAAAUUUUCCGGUUUCAAGGCGCUGGGCCUAAAAACGAUUUUAAUCCACCACCAGGCACUGUUGUCGAUGACGUUAUAACUUGGCCUGAAAGGUACGAUUUCUAUAUUGUAUCUCAAUGUGUUAGGCAAGGCACUGUUGCUCCAACAAGUUACAAUGUCAUUGAAGAUUCUUUGGGUAUUGAUGCAAACAGAUUGCAGAAAUUUACGUUUAAGUUGUGCCAUAUGUACUACAAUUAUUCGGGCACCGUGCGAGUGCCAGCACCAUGUCAAUAUGCCCACAAAUUGGCGUUUCUUACAGCCCAGAGCUUACACAGGGCCGCCAAUCCUGCCCUGAACAAUACCCUAUAUUAUCUUUAAAUCUCAUGUUACAUCUUCUCGAAAAAAUGUUUUAGUUUAUAUUUUCCUAUAAUAAGAGUUUAGUUUCUUUUUCUCAAGACAAAAAUAUUUUAUGUUAUAGUGUUGAGUUUUCAUUUCGUUUGAUUACUCAUCAAUUAUUUUUGAUAGUAAGGUUUCUUUUUUGCUUUGCAUCUUGUUUCGAUGCAUUUUUAGUUUUAAGAUUUUUACAUACGACGUUAAAGUGUAUAAUGUUAUUUUUUUAAGAGCCUUUUCAAUAAAAGUUUUA